AUGUUGUUGUGGGUGUGGUUUCUCUGGCUCCACGCCGCCGCCGCCGUCCGCCACAUCAAGACGCUGUCGCUUUUGACAUGUAUGGACAACUCCCAGUUCACCGCCACCAACUUCGACGUCAUCUUCUACCCUGGGAACAACACCAUCUACAUCGACGUGCUGGCGCUCUCGCUGAUCGCUGAAAACACGUUCAUGGAGGCCGAGGUCAACUUGAUCGUGUACGGGUUCAACGUGCUCAAUAAGAACUUCAGCUUCUGCAGUUUCAACCAGAAGCAGAUCUGUCCCUUUCAGCCGGGGCAUAUCGACCUCCAGAAUACUAAGAUCGAGGUGCUGAAGGACGUCACCCGCCAGAUCCCCGGGAUCGCCUACACCGUCCCCGACCUCGACGCCAGGGUCAGAGUGCUUUUCCGGUCGAACACGUCGCUGGAAGUGCUCGCGUGUGUCGAGGCGGUGUUGCUGAACGGCAAGUCCGUCCAGACCAAGUACGCCUCGUGGCCCAUCGCCGCCGUGUCCGGUGUUGGGGUGAUCACGUCGUGGCUCGUCGGUCUCUUUGGUUACUCGUCCACUGCUGCCCACAUCGCGCUGAACUCGCUCUCCCUCUUCGUCUACUUCCAGCUGGUGGCGUUGGUGUCGAUGCAGGCGGUGGCCCGGGCGCCCCCGAUCGCUUGUGCCUGGGCGCAGAACUUCAUGUGGUCGGUAGGGAUCAUGAAGGUGGGGUUCAUGCAGGACGUCGCCAAUUGGUACGUCCAGCUGACGGGGGGCACCGCCUCCGAUAUCCUCGACUCCGCCGGGCUGAGACUCUCGAUUUCCGUACAAAAGAAGCGUGACUCGAGCUACUACGACCAGCUCAGCCAGUUAUACCAAAAGGCGGUCAAAAAGGACCACUUGACGUUGUUUAAACGGUUCUCGUUGGUGAUGGAUAAAGACCGCUACACUUACGACUACAGCUCGGGGCUCUACUCCACCGACGAAAAAGACCCUAAUUUGGCGUCAAAGAUCUUGGUGUUGCGGGGGAUGCAGCGAGUCGCCUACCUUGCCGGCAUCGAAAUCACCCUGUUCUUCAUGACCCUGAUCAUGUUCUUGUUGUUUGUGCUUUUCUGCAUGUUGGUGGUGUGGUUCAUCAUCCACCAAAUCAUGCUUAUCAGCCGCUACGCGCGUAAGCGUAAGGGCAAGAGCGUCGAUCACAACCCGCUGUUCUCGUUGGUGUCGCUGUGGCCAGAAGUCAUCAAAGGCUCGUUGUACCGGUUGUUCAUCGUGUCCCUUCCCCAAAUCAUCGUCAUGUGUGUGUGGCAAUUCUUUGAACGCGACUCGGCCGGGACCAUCGUCUUCGCCGCCAUCCUCUUAUUCUGCUGGUUGUUGACGCUUAUCUACGCCACGGUCAUGGUGUUUAUCCAAGGGAUCAAGUCAAUCAGAGAAAUGGGUAACCCCGCCGCCAAAUUGUACAGUGAUCUGAAGUUUUUGCUCAAGUUCGGCUUCAUCUACACUCAAUUCAGAGCCGACCGGUUCUGGUGGACGGGUAUCUCCUUGUUUUACAUCAUCUUUAAGGGGUUGAUGAUCGCUUGUUUGCAAAACCACGGUAAGGCGGGGGCGCUCAUUGUCUUCAUCACCGAGUUCUUUUACCUCAUCGGCAUCUGCGUCGUUCGCCCCUAUAUGGAUACCCCCACCAACGCCUUCAACAUCGUGCUUGCCAUUAUCAAUUUCCUCAACGCGUUCUUCUUUGCCUUCUUCUCCAACAUCUUCACCCAGCCUGCUGCGGUGUCGUCGAUCAUGGGGAUUAUUUUCUUUAUUUUGAACGCGGUGGUGGCGCUUGUGCUUCUUUUGUGGACGUGUAUCACCUGUUUGAUUGCUCUUCUCAGUCGCAACUCCGAUGGUCGCUACCGUCCCACGAAGGAUGACCGGGCGUCGUUCCUCAACCCGAUGUACGCUAAGCGUCGUCUGGGUCUCAUCUUCACUAAGCAUAAGGGCGAUGAGUUGCAGAACUUGGGCCAGACGGUGAUGAAGAACGAACCGGAAAACCCCCAAUAUAAGGACCUGAACCUGUUGGCCGACGUCGACCUGGUGUGGAUGAAGCUGAAGGCUCAGGAAUACCGCCAGCGACCCCACUCCUACGUGACUCCCGACGAUAGUCUGGCCACGUUCGUGUUCGGCACUGACUCGCUGCUCCCGCCAAGACACUCGCAACCGAGCGACGAGUAUAUCCAGCAACCCCUCUCGACGAUAGGGGGGCUCUCUUAUAAUGAUGGCUACCCUAGCACUCGCUACCCCCAUCAAGCUGCCAACACUUCGGCUACUGCCACUGCUAAUAACGGCUCUUACUCCGGCGUUAAUAGCGGGUCUAACUCUGGUUCCAGUACCGGCUACAACAGUGCGUUCGCCAACACUGCUACCAAUACCACCGGUGGAGCGGUGGACAAUAGUCAUAACGAUUAUGGGUACCUGCUGAGAAAUACCUAUCAACCACCGACCAACGGAGGGUACCUGCUGGGCACCAACGCCUACCAGCAGGACACUUCCUACCUGAACAAUCAACGGUACAAUAAUGGAGGGCCUCAUGUUCCCGGGUUUGAUUUUAGCCACUAA